UAUCACCAGACCACCGCGAAGCUGGUUCUUUGCGCCAAAUCGCCUUCCUUGUUCCUUCCCGGCUCACCCACCCGGCGACUGCCCCUUUGCCCUAUGCUCAAGGCGUCCAAACCACAAUGACAAGCCUUCUACUCCUCGCUCGGUACAUGCUUUUUGGUUUGUUCGUGAUAUGCAAUGCGAUAAUUUGUAUAAGUGCGGUUUGGAAUCAUAGUCUCACCACCUCAAGCCAAACGUUGCAAAUCGAUAUCUACCUCGCCUUCUUGGGUGCUUUCGGUCUGGUGUUUGCUGUUACCCUCAUUUUCGUGGAGGUCCUCUUCAACAAUCCGUUCACUACCCGUAUAUGGUUUGAAUCCGGCUGGGUAGCAGUGUUUUGGCUUAUGGAACUCUCCGGUGCGGCCGCCGUGAGCGCGCUUACGAGCAAUGUUCAUUGCAGCAGCAAUAGUGUUUCCACUUCUUUGUGUAUAUCGCAACAUCUGCUUCUGGCUUUCACGUGGAUAUGUACAGGUAUCCUGCUUGCCUACUUUUUUCUCGUCGUCUUCACGACAGUCACAUGCCAACGGGAUAACCAAGAUGUGUGGAACGCCACAGUCCGCCACCUACACUCAUCAGCUAGCCGCCAGUAUCUGAGCAGUCUCAACUCGCCUUCUACAUCACGAUUCAAGAAUGGCUCUGAAUCCUUACCCGCACCGGUAGCGGUGGUUACGUAUGCGCCCAAGCCAAUUCGCCCGGCCGUCCGGCCGGCGUACUUCGAUCAUGACAGAGCAGGCCUGGGAUCGGAGUAUGAGAUUGAAAGAUUCAAAUCUCCGCCCGCUCGGCAAAUGACAGUCCCUGAACAGAUGGUCAUUGACUAUAGAAAUUCGCUUCGUGAAGCUGUUCCCAUCCCUCUGUCCAGCCAUACGCAGAUCUCCACGGUUCGCCCUCUGCCUCGCAUCGCGCCUUUGUCCAUACCUGUAGCUGUUGCUGUACGACCUCGCGAGGAUCCCCAGUAUCCCACUGAUGGCUCAUUUAUGGGCCGACGGGAACUACCAUCGACUGCUGUCUAUCCGAAUGAACACAAUUCCUCGCGGAUAGAACGGCGGGAGUUGCUUGUUCAACCUUCUCCGCUCGGAAACUGGCCACGUCGGGACAUCAUGGAACAACCCGUUACGCACAAAAGGCGGAAUCAGGAUUCCUUGCUGUUCUCUGGGUCCACUGGUGUUCCUCGCGGACAACUUACUCAGCAAUCUACUGAAGCUGGUGCGGGUCACCGUGUACAGUCAGGCUCGACGCCUUCGCAGCAGCCGGGUGCCAGGAGACCGUCUGGACCAAGAUUGCGCCUUCCUUCCAAUGAUUUGACAGUGACAUCGCAGCGGCAGGUACCGCCCUGAAUUUUUCCCCUCCCGGUCAUUACUUAGGUAGGCGUGGUAGUAUUAUUAAGAAAAGAGGCUGCAGUAUUGUUCCCCUAUUGUAUUCCUAAUUAGAGACGAGAGGAGUAGGUUCUUGUAUUGUGAGACGCUUCUCUGAUUGGGAGUGCAUGCUUAUGCUGGAGUUGAUCCCUUGCGAAUAUAUGUGCGGAGACCACCGGCCCAGUGACUGCCACUAUGGAAUGACAUGCUAGCACGAAAAGAAGGCCUAGGCCGCGAGCUGGACAAU